CUCCCCACGCACAAUGGCGGAGUCUCGGGCGGAGUGGUACACGGUGGACAAGAGUCCCUCGGAUGAACUAUCUCUUCGCAACUGUGCAGUGUUGCGGGAUGGCGACCGCUUUGCCAGAGGUGGCCACUCCUAUAUCAAAGUGCAGGGGGCCUACUACCUCACUGUAGCCACACACCCAAAAGUAAGACCCAACUACAUUGGACUGAGCGGAGUACAGAGGGAAUGGUGCAAUGCAAGGUUGGACAAACAAGUACAAGUGGAGCGUCUUGAAAUUGACAGACGGAGUAUGCUCAUUCAAGAGCUGAUCUUGGAGGUUGACUUCUACAACAAGCCCAAGAAUGUUCCUCCAGCCCAUGGACACUGACGCACUGGCCAGAGAGUUUCGGGAAAGUCUUGCUAACAAUGUCUUUGUAAAAAACCAGCAGCUCGUGUUGGGUGGUUGGGAACAACUCCCACAGCUGAAGAAAAGCCCGCUCAAAGCUACAGUCCUCAAAAUCAAACUGGCCAGUGUGUCUGCUGAAGGCGCCGCAAAGGACACGUCCUCAGACUACGGUAUCCUGUACGAGAACUCUCUCAUCAUCUUUGAGCGAAAGAAGGACUCGUCCAUUCAGCUGACUGGAAGAGCUGUUGGUGACUCGGCGAGAACCUCCAUCAUCAGCCCCGACUGGGACUUCAAACAGAUGGGCAUCGGCGGACUGGACAAGGAAUUUUCCGACAUAUUCCGGAGAGCAUUUGCAUCUCGUGUGUUCCCGCCUGACGUGGUCGAGCAGUUGGGAAUGAAGCAUGUCAGAGGAAUUCUACUCUAUGGCCCACCUGGAACGGGGAAGACGCUGAUGGCCAGGCAGAUUGGGAAGAUGCUGCAUGCCAGAGAACCCAAGAUUGUCAAUGGACCUGAGGUGCUGAAUAAGUAUGUGGGAGAGUCAGAGUCAAACAUCAGACUACUGUUUGCGGAGGCCGAGACGGAGCAGAAGAAGAUGGGCAUCAACAGUGCUCUUCACAUCAUCAUAUUUGACGAGCUGGACGCCAUCUGUAAACAGAGAGGAACCGUGGGAGGAGGAACUGGUGUGCACGACACAGUAGUCAACCAACUUCUGGCCAAGAUUGACGGAGUGGAGCAACUGAACAACAUCCUGUUGAUAGGGAUGACGAACAGGAAAGACCUGAUCGACGACGCUCUGCUGCGGCCGGGAAGACUGGAGGUCCAGAUGGAAAUCAGUCUACCCAGCGAGAAGGGGAGACUGGAGAUCCUGCACAUCCACACGGCUCUAAUGAGGAAAAACAAAAAACUUCACUCCGAGGUGGACCUCAAGCACCUUGCCGAGAAGACUCGCAACUUCAGUGGGGCCGAGAUUGAGGGGCUCGUCCGGUCUGCCGUGGCAACCGCCAUGAACAGGAUGAUCAACGUCUGUCACUACAUCAUCUGUUUCUCUUUCUCCACAAUUGUUCUUUCUCUUCGUGAUUUUUCUCUUUGCCUUCUUUCCCUUUCUGCAUGCUUGCAUCUUCUCCAUCUUUCUUUCUCCGCAAUCGUUUUCUCUCCUUCCUUUGUCUUCUCCUUCCCUACUCUCUUUCUCUGUGGUUCUCUUUCUGUUCUUACUUCUCUUCUCUCUCUCUCUCUCCAUGGUAAUAGCACAGGUUUUCAGUCGGGGCUAAUAUUCCUCUUCAGUCUCAGAAUUCUGACAAGGAAUAUUUUCCCCAUAGAAUUCUUCAACUUUUCCCAAAAUUGUGUCAAAAUCCCCCUCCUCCUUCUCUCUUCCAGGCCAGUGACAAGGUGCUAGUUGGUCGCAACGAUGCGGAAAAGCUGAUAGUGACUAACGCUGAUUUCGAACACGGUCUGCAGUUUGACGUGAAACCAGCAUUUGGCAUAUCAGAGGAGCAACUUGACCGCUACGUCUUCAACGGGAUCAUUCCGUGGGGAGACAAUGUCGGUGAGAUAGAGGAGAUGGGGAGGACAGCCAUACAGCAGAUCAGAACCAGCGUCCGCACUCCUCUUGUCAGCCUUCUCCUCAGAGGUGACCCAGGGUGUGGUAAGACAGCGCUGGCAGCGUCCAUCGCACGGGACUCCAACUUCCCCUUCAUCAAAAUCCUCACUCCCUGAGAACAUGAUCGGGUUCGCCGAGGGGGCAAAGUGCGGUGCAAUCAAGAAAGUCUUUGACGACGCCUACAAGUCGGAGCUGAGCUGCAUCGUCGUCGACGACCUGGAGAGACUCUUUGACUACGUUCCUAUUGGUCCACGGUUCUCCAACCUGGUGCUACAGGCCCUUCUGGUUCUCUUGAGGAAACUUCCACCAACUACUGGCACUGUCCAACACAAGCUACUGAUCAUUGGAACUACAACUUUCAGUAUGAGGGAUCUGCGGGACACUGGACUGGCUGGAGCCUUCAACACCAUAGUCAAUGUCCCUAAUCUCCAGAAGGGACCAGAGGUCAUGAAAGUGCUCAAGGACUCUGACAUGUUUUCAUUUGAGAAGAACCAGGUGAAGGCCCUGGAGAAAGGUCUCGGCCCUAUGAGUCUGAAUGUGGGCAUCAAGAAACUUCUGGCCAUGAUUGAAGCCUCACAACUGACCCCCAACCCAGUCGAUUUCCUACUGCUGAGGCUAAAGUUGGAUGCACGUCUUUCCACGACGGACAGUUUUUAAUCAGUUGACCUUAUUUUUACCGUAAAAUAAUUAACACCCCCACUUUUCCCUGUAAGUUUUUGUAUUAAUUACUACAACAAUGCCUUGCAGAUUGCAGGAACAUGCGUACUAGCGACUUUGACAAUGGCAAAGCUGACUGCAAACAAUAAUGCAGACAAUAUUAUUGUGCACAGUUGCACAAACGGAGAUCAGUAGAAUCUUUUCGUACAGUGUGUUUUACAUUUUGUGCUCAUGAAGUCGCUACAUAAUUUUAUAAGU